AUGUUUAUAAAUGCCGAUAUUAGCGUGGCGAUUUCCAAUCAAAAAAAGUCAAAUUGGACCGUGUUCGAUGUUUAUAAUCCGGCCUACAAAAAUGGCGGGAAACUGGUGGUAAGCGAAAUUGGUUUUUACAAUGAUGAUGAUGGUUACCGUGUGGGAGUGGAAGAUAAUAAAUAUUACAGAAGAAGAAAUAUGACUGGCGUUACAUUUAAAUCAGUAUUAGCUAUUCCGGAAGCUAUAAAUAUAAGUGUGACCGAGUAUAUGGCGAGUGACGUAGGUAGGGAGAAGAACGUUUUUGGAAAGUUUCAAAGUGAAGUAAUGGAAAACUGUCGAAACUUGUUCCGUUUUGAUGUAAAUAUGUCGUCCACGCGGUCUUGGGGUUACCUACUCCCCAACGGAGAAGUUGAUGGCCUGCCAAAGGUGCUACACGAAAAAAGGGCCGAUUUUAGUCACUCAAUAAUAAUAUUUAAGCCGUACCGUUUAAAGGUUAUGGAUUACGGUCACGGAAGCUGGAUAAUGAGACAUCCGAGAAGUACCGCCAGUUCUUCUGAAAUAUACUUACAACCGUUAGAGACAAACGUUUGGAUUGCAAUUCUAUUGGUUAUAGUACUAAUCAUAUUUAUUUUACGUAUUACAUUAGUGCAAGAGCAUAAAAUAUUACGCCAAAGAUCAAGGCAAGGUAUGCAAGAUCGUUCUUGGACCAUGUUGUUUAUUUACUGUAUAGGAGAACUCGGACAACAAGGGUUUGCCAACCUUCCUAUCAUUGCCAGUACGAGAAUGGUAACCUUUACAGUUUUGAUAUUCUUCUUUAUGGUGUACCAAUUUUAUUCGUGUAGUAUUGUUUCCAAUCUACUGUUGGAACCUCCACGUACAAUCAAGACAUUGGAAGAUUUAUUAAAGAGCAAGCUGGAGGUGGGCUGCGAAGACACUCAGUAUGAUAGAAAUUAUUUUGCUACAACAACGAAUCCGGUUGCCAUUAGCCUGUACAACACAAAAAUGAAAGGUUCGCACAACGCAACCAACUUUUUUUCCGCUCAAGUGGGAAUGGACAAAGUUAAAGCAGGCGGAUUUGCUUUCCAUACAGUAACGACAACUGCUUACUCCGUUAUCGAAACCCAGUUCCCAGAAGAGGCCAUCUGCCAACUGGCGGAAAUUCAAAUGUAUGCAAUUGAAACACUGUACAUGGCACUACCAAAAGGAUCGCCACUAAAAGAGAUGCUUAACUACUGCUCCGUUCACCAAAGUGAAGUCGGAAUUAUGUAUCGUGUAAAAAGUUAUUGGGAUUCCCGUAAGCCCAAUUGUAGGGAUAGCACCCCUUACCUUAAAAUUGAGGUAGGAAUAGAAGAAUCAUAUUGGGCUCUAACAGUGUUGGGAGUCGGAUUAGUUUUUGGUUCCCUUGUUUUGGUAGCCGAGCACGGUUGGAAACGUUGGGGACAUGGUAUCAAAGAGAAAUUGGUUCUAUCGAACAUGUUUACAAUAAUCUUCUUGUCUUGUUUGUUUUUGUUGCGUUUCACAGAUGCUGAACCGAGUAGAAAUUUGUUGCUUUCUUAUUUUGAGCACAACUCUUGUGCAUCGAGUGUUAUUUUUAAUUGUGAUUCGAAACGAGAUCGGGUUAAUCUGAUCAAAUUCUUCAGCCUGAAUAAUCGUAGGGUCGCACUGUAUGAUGUUGCUGAUCAUAAUCUGACUUUAAGUGGCGUAUUCUUCCGAGACCAGAGCAAUCUGGCUGUUGUUGUUAAUGGCGAUUGCGAAGAAACAGAAACAUUUUUACAACAUUGCGGAAAACUAGAUCUGUUUUCCCAUACGUACCACUGGUUAGUGUUGGGAUCUCAUCGUGACGUAAUUGGAAAGUUUGAAAACGUAGAUAUGUUUAUUAAUGCAGACAUCAGUGUGGCGAUAUCGGAUGAAGGCAAGUCUAAACACACCAUCUUCGACGUCUAUAAUCCUGCCUACAAGCGCGGAGGAAAUCUGGUCGUAAGCGAAGUAGGUUGUUACACCGAAGAAGACGGUUACAAAGUACAGGUAAAGGAUAUCAAAUAUUACCGUAGGAGGAACAUGACUGGAACCAUGUUGAAAUCAGUGAUGGUGGUACCGGGACGCAUAAGCACAAGCCUUGCUGAGUACUUGACCAAUGACGAGGACAGAAAAAAUAACACCUUCAGUAGAUUUCAAAACGUUGUUCUUCAUAACUGCCAAGAGUUUUUUGAUUACGAUGUUAACAUGUCUCUAAUGGCGUCUUGGGGUUACCUUCGCCCUGAUGGAGAUGUCGACGGUAUGCUUAAAGAGAUAAAAGAGAAAAGAAUAGAUUUUGGAAAUGCCCCACUGCUCUUCAAACUUUACAGGUUAAAGAUCAUGGAUUAUGGUUUCGGGAGUUGGGUAAUGAAAUCGGCGUUCUUCUUCCAACAUCCAAAGGAUACAGCGACAUCAGCGGAAAUGUACUUACAUCCACUGGAUUCAAACGUUUGGUUUGGAAUUUUGUUCAUUAUGGCCCUGAUUAUAGUAAUUUUGCGAGUUAGCUUACUACAUGAGUCCAAUGUGUUAACUCAAACGGAAGAGGAAACCGCGUCGGAUCGCUCUUGGACUGUUUUAAUCAUAUACACUAUAGGAGAGCUCGGACAACAAGGAUUCACUAAUCUUCCCAUCAUAGCUAGUACAAGGAUUGUGACGCUUACGGUUUUGAUAUUCUUCUUCAUGGUAUAUCAAUUUUAUUCGUGCAGUAUCGUUUCGAAUCUAUUAUUGGAACGGCCGCGUACGAUCAAUACCUUGGAAGACUUAGUCAACAGCAAGCUAGGAGCAGGUUGUGAAGAUUCACUUUAUGACAAAGAUUACAUCGCGACGACAACAGAUCCGGUUGCACUGCGACUAUAUGAUACAAAAAUUAAAGGUCCCCACAACACCACAAGAUUUUUACCGGCCCACGCAGGUAUGGACAAAGUUAAAGCUGGCGGGUUCGCUUUUCAUACCCAAACAUCAACUGCUUAUCCGAUUAUCGGGGCCGAAUUUCCCGAAGAAGCCAUUUGUCAGUUGGCGGAAGUGAAAAUGUACGCUACGCAAACAAUGUACAUACCCCUUCCUAAAAGAUCACCAUUAAAGGAAAUGUUUAACUAUUGUUUGGCACAUCAAACGGAGGUUGGAGUUAUGGAGCGCUUGAGAAACCACUGGGCGGCUCGUAAACCACAAUGCAGAGAUAAAACUCCAUACCGUAAAAUAGAAGUUGGGCUCGACGAAUCGUAUUGGGCUUUACUUGUGCUAGGCGCAGGAGUUUUUUUUGGUUUGCUUAUUUUAUCGGGAGAGUAUUGUUUGAAAAAGUGGGGGUGUCGCUUCCAAAAGAACAUGGGAACACAUUAGACAUAGUUACUAUAUACGCCAACCCCUUCAAA